UUGGAGUUGUAUUUAAACAAGGCCGAGAGGAGAGCAGAGGUUUCCGAGAGCUUCGCCCGCACCCCACAAUCUGCCGGAGGGACUGGUUGCUACUCGGUCUAGAGUGGCAGUCCUCGGAUUCUAAAAUCUGCUCAUGAAGACUGACUCCAUACAAACCAUAUUAUGUCAAGAAAGAAAAAAAGACCCAGUAGAAAUGUUACAUUCUGGACAGCUGAUAAAAGUCUGUGCCCCUAUGGUUCGUUAUUCAAAGUUGGCUUUUAGAACACUAGUAAGAAAAUACUGCUGUGAUUUGUGUUAUACACCAAUGAUAGUGGCUGCCGAUUUUGUUCGAUCUAUAAAAGCCAGAGACAGUGAAUUUACCACAAACCAAGGCGAUUGCCCACUGAUUGUUCAGUUUGCUGCUAAUGAUGCAAGAAUUUUAUCUGAUGCUGCUCGUAUAGUCUGUCCUUAUGCGAAUGGAAUAGACAUUAACUGUGGGUGCCCUCAGAGGUGGGCAAUGGCAGAAGGUUAUGGAGCUUGCUUAAUAAACAAGCCAGAGCUUGUUCGAGAUAUGGUGAAACAAGUUAGAAAUCAAGUGGAAAACCCCAGGUUUUCAGUAUCGAUUAAAAUAAGGAUCCAUGAUGACCUUACAAAAAGUGUAGAUCUUUGUCGAAAGGCUGAAGCAACAGGAGUUUCCUGGAUUACAGUCCAUGGAAGAACUACUGAAGAAAGACAUCAACCAGUCCACUAUGAUGCCAUUAAAAUGAUAAAGGAAAAUGUGUCUAUACCUGUAAUUGCUAAUGGAGACAUCAGAAGCUUAAAAGAAGCAGAAAAUGUGUGGCAGAUUACUGGAACAGAUGGUGUAAUGGCUGCAAGAGGACUUUUAGCCAACCCAGCCAUGUUUGCUGGAUAUGAGGAAACCCCACUGAAAUGUAUCUGGGACUGGGUUGACAUUGCUCUGGAACUUGGAACACCUUUUAUGUGUUUCCAUCAACAUUUAAUGUACAUGAUGGAAAAGAUAACUUCAAGGCAGGAAAAAAGAAUAUUUAAUGCUCUGUCAAGCACAUCAGCAGUUUUAGAUUACCUUACAGAUCAUUAUGGCAUUUGACUGGACCUUGUAAGUUAUUUUAAUACAUACUUUUAUAUCUACAAUGAAACUAUGCAAGGUCACAUCUUGUCUUUUAUUUUAAAUCAGUAGCUCUCAAAGUUUAGUGUAGAGCAAUCUUCCAAGUUAGGUGCUGGUGGUUCACAUGUCGCUACUGAUGAACCCAAUCUAGGCAUACAUUUGAGACCUUUUCUUGGCUAAUAGCUAUGUGGGAAGCUGGACUGGUUACAGGCCAGUCCAGGCAGAAAGUCAACAGAGGGAAGCUGGGUAUGGUAGUGUGUACCUGUCAAAGCUCUAAUGGGAAGCAUAAAACAGGCAGAUCUUAGCCUGUGCAAAAAUUGAGACCCUAUGUCGAAAGUAACCAGUACAGCUGGGCACUGGUGGCUCACACCUAUAAUUCUAGCCACUCAGAAGGCUGAAACCUGAUGAUCAUGGCUUGCGCCCAGUUCUGGCAGAAAAGUCCCUUAUCUCCAAUCAACCAGCAAAAAGCCAGAAG